UAUUUUGCAGACUGAUAGCGCUCCAAGCUGUCGGCGUAAAUGAGCGGCUGGGAGCUGUGUGGUCUGUGCAGCGCUCAGGAGUUAAACCUCCUCUGAGGACCAACAUGAAGCUGCUAGACGAGAGGAUCUGGUCGCUAUUUAAGCGCCACUGGCAGCAAACUCUCACCUACUGGAGCGUGUUCUUCAGCUUCGGCCUGUGCAUCGCCUUCCUGGGACCCACCAUCCUGGACCUGAGGUGUCAGACCCAGUCCACCCUGCAGCAGAUCACGUGGGUCUUCUUCUCCCAGCAGUUCUUCCUGCUGGUGGGCAGCAGCUUGGGAGGACUCUUUAAGAAAACACUCCUGUCCUCCUUGUCCGCCCUCUUCUCCUGCACUCUCAUCAUCUCGCUCGUGUUUGCCAUCAUACCGUUAUGUCACCAUGUGGUACUGUUGUCUGUCGCCAUGGCGCUUGCCGGCAAAGCCAUGGGGGUGAUCGACACCAUCGCCAACCUGCAGCUGGUGAAACUGUACCAGAAGGACUCGGCCAUCUUCCUGCAGGCCUUGCAUUUCUUCAUAGGCCUGGGAGCACUGGUCAGUCCCCUGGUGGCUGAUCCUUUCCUGGCAGAGGACAGCUGUGUUCUGGGUGCCAACUGGACGGCCAACUCGUCCACUUCCUCGGACCUACAGCACCUCCGCAGCAGCCUUGCCGGGCAUGGAACAGCACUGCACAACAUCUCACAGUAUCCUCUGCACACUGAGGGUGUGGUCAUCACCAGGGUGUCCUAUGCUUUCUGGAUCAUGGCUCUUAUCAAUCUCCCUGUGCCAGUAGCAGUGCUCGCGUUGAUGUACCAUGAGAGACUGCUGCCUUGCUUCAGGAAUAGUCCACGUCUGCUGGACCGGGACUCGCUGUCCAGUACAAGCCCUGCUGGGGACAGUGACCAAGGACACGGGAGUGUGUUUGGUUGCUGUAACCUGGCCAAACUUCGGGGUCGCCCUGCUACGUUCUUCAUCCUCCAUGCUCUAGGCGGAGCCAUCCUCUUCAUCACUGAUGGGAUUAUAGGCUCCUACACCGGCUUCGUCUACACCUACGCCGUCUCCCCUCCUCUGCUGAUGGGUCAUAAGACUGCCGGCUGUCUGGACAGUAUAUUCUGGGCCUCCAUCACAGCAGGAAGACUGGCUUUCAUCUACCUGUCCUACAGAUACACAGCACCCAGGCUGCUCACCAUCAGUCUGGUGGGAGUCAUACUGGUGCAGUGCCUGCUGUUGAUCUUUUACACAAGCUGUGUGUUCCUCUUCAUCGGUACUUGUGUGUUGGGACUGUGCAUCAGCAGUGUGUUCCCCUCCAUUCUGGCCUAUACAGAGGACAUAUUAGACUACAAAGGUUGUGCAACAACUGUCCUGGUGACCAGCGCCAGCACAGGGGAGAUGAUUCUGCAGCUGCUUGUUGGAUCAGUGAUCCACAGUCAGGGCAGCUAUGCUUUCCUGUUGUGCUGUACAAUAUCCUCUUUCAUUGGCUUCUCCCUUUUCCUGCUGCUCCUCUAUGUCCAGCGCAUCCACAGGAACUGGCACACAGAUUCAUCCAAAAGCACAGACAUGAAAGAGAAGCCAAAGACCGGAGGCUCAUGAUCUGAGGGGGCCCCUGAAGGCCCCUCAGGGUCCAGAGGGAACACUGAGGACUGUGGAACGAAACGUGGGGAGAACAAUCCCAGGGAAAACUGAUAUUCCCUCAGUUUUCCCCCGGUGGCAGGAAACGAGUUUCAUGCAGGCCUAGUCCUACUGAACAUUUCUGACCUGCAGACAGCUCUGCUGUCAAGCCCGAUGAUCAACAAGCUGUUCAAUGGAUGUACUGUAAUACUGGAAAUGAUUUUUGGCACAAUCAUCUCUUGCAGAACCUUAUAACUCUGCUGUAGCUUGAUUCAACAGACACAUUAAUGAUUAAGUAUUACCUUUUCAGUAUGACUGUGAGUGAACUGCGGAGGGAAACGUGUACUUACUGUUUAAAUAUAACUGGUAGCAGCCUGCGUGAGGAGCGGACUUGUGGUUUCUUGGUGGCCGAACAGAGCAGUCAGACAUGAAAAGAACAAAAUACAAUGAAGUUAGAGAUUGUUUAUUAUUGGU